AUGAAGAUGAAGGUGUUUUCUCUCGACCCCUGGCGGAGAGCGGCCUGCCUGUUCUCCGUCGCGGCGUUCUCCACAUUCGCGGCCAACUUGGCCUUCACGCUCUGGGCGACGAGGUGGCAAGGCGAGACCGUCGAGGACGGCAUCGGCGUCGUCUUCGAGGGCGGCUGCUCCGACAUCAAGAGGCUCAACACGGCUGUCCACGUCGUCAUCAACAUCCUCAGCACGGUGCUCCUCGCCGGCAGCAACUAUUGCAUGCAGUGCGCAAUCGCCCCGACCCGGUCCGAAAUUGACCGCGCCCACGCGGGGCGGAAGUGGCUCGACAUUGGCGUCCCGAGCAUCCGGAAUCUUGACAGGAUCAAAUGGGAAAAGAAGGCGCUCUGGCUUCUUUUGUCCUUGUCGUCCUUCCCACUACAUCUACUGUAUAAUUCUGUCAUAUUCGCCUCAACUUCCGUGAACAAUUAUAGCGUGUUCCUUGUGAAGGAACGGUUUAUGUUGGAAGAGAACAGAGCCCUGUUCCAAAACCGCACGAAGCCUCUUGAUCAGAUGUACGAAGGCUUCAAGAACGGCGUCCUAAAGCCCAUUGACGCGUCCGAGUGUCUCAGAACCUAUGGAACCCCGUUUCAGUCCUCGAGAGGCAGCCUACUGCUAGUCACAGCCGACCCUGAUAUUACACGUAACGAUACGAGCUACACGAUGGAGUACCCAUCGGAUACGACACCGUAUAAUUUUCCCAACGAAGGGACAGUCGAGGUAUACCUGAUGGAACCCUACAGAUUAAGACCGCCUUCCACUUGGAUUUGCGCUUAUGUCCAGAUAGAAGGAGCCUGUGACGACAUCAUGCCCAAAUUACUAGAAGCCCCGCAGGACUGGAAACCGUACAAUAAGACAGUGACGCAGUUCUACAGCCAGGAAACUGAAGAACAUUGCAGGUUACUCUUUAGCGCCACGAUCUGCUGGGUUGUGACUGGUCUGAAUCUGUUCAAAGGCAUUCUCAUGCUGUUUGCCGCUUUCCGAGGGGGCGAAAGUCCGAUCCUGACGAUCGGAGAUGCCGUGGCGUCGUUCCUCGAAACCCCCGAUAAUUUCACCAAGGCCAUGUCCCUCAAACCAAAGAAGGCCUUCACCAUGAAUGACUGGUCUCAAGCACCGCGACAGCUUCAUGUUCAACCGCAGCGCAAGUUUACAGCCGGAAGUCGCAGCCGCUGGACGACAUGCACUUUACUGUAUCUGGUCUCCGUUGUAAUUUGUUUAUCCUUACUACUACGAGGGUUUGUAAUCAUGGAAGGGAACAAGAGCAUUGCACAGUUCGGACUCGGUGUAAUGCAUUCGAAGACUGUCUUGAACAUUGGUCUAACAGGCCAAGGUUCCAAGUAUCUUCUCGUGAACGCAUUACUUGCCAACACCCCGCAAGUCAUCAUGUCUCUCCUCUACUUCAACUACAAUGCCCUCUACACCAGUUUAUGUAUGGCUACCGAAUGGGAUAGAUUUGGUGGCGAGUACAAAGGUCUACGAGUAUCAUCUACAAGCAGAGGAGCACAGAGAGGCACCUACUUCCUGCAACUGCCGUACCGCUACUCCCUUCCACUCCUCUUCUUUUCCGGGGCUCUUCAUUGGCUUAUCUCGCAAAGCAUCUUCCUCGUCAAUCUGGAAAUGUACGAGCCUUCAUCUGCCAACAUACUGUCCAGAGUUCGCGCGGCGGACAGGGGGCCUACAGUAUCCUAUAUGGGCGAGUCAAACUUGACGACAUGCGGAUGGUCGCCAUUGGGAACUGUUUGCACGGUUGUAGUUGCCCUGGUCAUGAUCGCGUUUCUUCUCGCGUCGGGAUGGCGCCGUUUCAAGAACGGCAUCAUGCCUGUCGCUGGCAGCUGCAGCGCAGCGAUAUCCGCGGCCUGCCAUCCCGACACAGACGAGGCAGAGGCGUGGGAGAAGCCGCUGCGAUGGGGUGUGGUGGCCGAGCCAUGCGACGAGCCACGACAUUGCUCUUUCUCGAGCCUGCCAGUGGAGACCCCUACCAAAGGCCAGUGGUAUGCAUGAGGUAGAAGCAGAGUGUAGAUGCGGGUUGAAUGGUUUUUUGCAGUCCGAAGUUUACCAUAUGUUUAGGAUGUGUUUACCAACAGGUGUUCUGCUGGUGUCUGAGAAUUAGUCAAAUGAGAGGGAAUAUAACUAAAC